AAAACAAGCCCAUAAAUCCUUUCAUUUCUCCCUCUGGCUCUCAUCAUUGCGAAUUGUGUAUCUGCACUGAGGUUUUUGUACUACUAGAGAACAAAAGAAGCUAACGGAAUUGGUGAUUCCGUUUGGAUUAGCUAUUUUUAAAGGUGUUUUUGCAUUAUUUUACUAUAGCAGCAUUUUUUAAAAAUUUUUACCAAAGAUGUUUUCUGUGACGCUUUUGAAGGUGUUUUUGAAAUAUAUUUUGGGGACGUAUUUUGUGAUGGUUUUUGUGACACUUUUUGUGAUGUUUUUGAAGGUGUUUUUGGAAUGUAUUUUGGGGUGUCUUUUAAAAAUAAAAAAAAUUUUAGAGUACUUUUUACAAAUUUUUAGAAUAUUUGAAAAACAGGCGAAUCCAAACGGAGUUGAGGACAAUGUAGAGGCUCUAGAGCAGUGUGAUCAAGCACAUGAGGAGGAACAUAUGCAGUAUGUCCCUUCGGAAUUGGUUGGUUGUCCUGGGAAUGAUUCUGAGACAUUGUAUCAUUGCUACCUAAUUGCUCUUCAGCCUGAUUUUAGUUGUGAUACCAUGCCUCACGAUAUUUUGCUUGCUACAAGAGCUAGGCUUGAAUUUGAUGAUGAGACUCUGGAUUUUGAGUUAGACGUGCCCAGAGGCAACUUAAAGAUACGAAUGAAAUAUGUUAGACGUAUUAAAUUAACGUCUGAAGUGGUUCUUCUUUGCCAGAAAUUUCAAGUUACACUUUUAAGGCUGCUCCUUGAUCACAAUCAGAAUAAGCUAAAGGAAGCAUUGAGUGGACUAAAUCGAAACGGUCAACGUGAUGUCUUUGAUUAUCUUCUGAUUCCAUCUAUGGGCCCGCAUGAAAAUCCAUCAAUUGAUUGGACGUGUGUUAGUUCUGUUCUAUUUCCUCAGGAAAGCAUGUCAGAUAAGCAUAUGGAUGCUUGUUCUAGCAGAGUUCAAGGUCGUUGCGUGCACACAAUCAAUGGAUUGAUCUGCUGCUGCAAAUUGCAGAAUUCUUUGGUUGUAACUCCUCAUGAUGGUAUCAUGUAUUGCACUACUGGCAUUGUAAAGCGGAAAAGAAGAGGAUCUAUUACUUAUAAAGCAAACUUGGCAAAACGGCAUGGGAUCACAUUGCGUUUCGAGGGAGAACCAUUUCUUAGGGGACAGCGUCCGUUUAAGGUGCAGAACUAUCUUCUGGGAUGCAGGAAUCGAAAGAAAAAAGGCUCAAGAGAGGCAUCAGUUGAGUUGCCUCCAGAACUUUGUAAAGUGAUCAUGUCUCCUAUAUCCAUUGGUUCAGUAUCUUCCUUCGCAUAUGCUCCAUCCAUCAUACAACGGAUAGAGUCCUUGUUAAUAGCUGGCAACUUGAAAAGGAUGCUAAUGGCCGACUACACUCUAAAUGAUAUGAUUCCGACCAUCAAGGUCUUGGAGGCAAUUACGACUAAAAAUUGUCAAGAGAAUUUUAAUUUGACACUAUUGGCAACCCUUGGAGACUCCUUUUUGAAAUAUGCUGUGAGUCAACAACUAUUCAAGCGACAUCAAAAUCACAACAUAGAUCUUCUUACGGAGGACAGGAAAAAAAUUAUCUCCAACAAAGCACUAUACAAUCUAGGAUGCCAUAAGAAGAUACGGGGCUUUAUCCGCAUUGAUCGUUUUGAUCCUAAAACAUGGAUCAUACCUGGUGAUAACUCUCAAACCUACACACUGCAGAAAGAAGUGCUUUCAACUGGAAGAAUUGUUUAUGACAGGGAGAAAAGGACGACUAAAAUUAAGCAGGUUGCUGAUGUAUUUGAGGCCCUUAUUGGUGUAUUCAUUUGUACAACAAGUGAAAGAGCAGCCUUAGCGUUUAUGAAAUGGAUGGGUUUGGAAGUUGACUUCAUUUAUGUGCCUUGCAUAAGGCCAGUCCCUGCAAAUCCAGAGAAGCUGGUUGAUCUCAGAUUUUUCGAGAUGCUAUUGAAUCAAUACUCAUUCCAUGAUGCUUCUCUUCUUGUUGAAGCACUUACUCAUGGUUCUUACACUCGACCUGAGAACUGCAGAUGCUUCAAGCGUCUGGAAUUUCUUGGGGAUGCAGUGCUGGACUAUCUCAUCACCGUGCACUUCCACAAUAAGUAUACCAAUCUGUCUUCUGGAUUAUUAACAGAUUUAAGGUCAGCUUCUGUGAACAAUGCCCGCUGUGCACGAACUGCAAUUAGAGCUGGGCUUCAUAAGCACAUUCUACAUGAUUCACGUGACCUGCAGCGGCACUUUCUCGCAAUUGUUGAAAAUUUUGAGCAAUCAUCACACGACUCGACUUUCGGGUGGGAGCCGGGGCCGGAGCCGGAACCAGUAAAGAUUCUUGCAGAUACCAUAAAAUCUCUUGCGGGGGCAAUAUACGUUGAUUCUAGAUAUGACAAAGGGGUUGUACUUCAAAGCAUAAAGCCACUUCUUGAGCCUCUGCCUACCCCUGAGACUUCAAAGCAUAAAGCCACUUCUUGAGCCUCUGCCUACCCCUGAGACUUAAAAGCUCCAACCUGUGAGGGAACCGAAGGAAUUGUGUGCAAAGGAAAAAUUUGUCAAGGAGGAGGAGGAUGGCAAGCUUCAGGUUAAUGCAAAUGGUUUCCCUUAUGCUCGUACACUAACUGCCGCAAACAAGAAGACAGCCAAAAAAACAGCAUCCAUGGAUAUUCUGGCGAAGCCAAAGAAAAAUUGGUUACACCGGGGAGAGCCACAUACAACCCUGCCUGUCUUGUGAAAUCAAACAAGUCAGAUAGCCUUUUGGCUGGAUCAUAUAAGAUCCUGAUGAUGUUUUUAUUCCAAAAAAAAUUUAAAAACUUGCUUAUCAUCAUGAUCAUCAUCGGAAAGGUGAUUCA